AUGGCGUCAGUGCUCCUGCGGUGUGACGUCCAGCAGCCGAUUGGUCAUCCUGAAGGACUUCCGCCUCAGCUGCAGGGAGGAAGUUCCACUUUGAAGCAGGAGACUCCACAGCUACUUCACAUUAAAAAGGAAGAGGAGGAACUCUGCAUCACUCAGGAGGGAGAGUGUCUUCAGUGGUCAGAGGAAGGUGACACCACCAAGUUGCCACUGACUGUUGUCUUUGUGAAGACUGAGGAGGAUGAAGAGAAACCACAAGUGAACAACUUCUUAGCUUCACUAUCAGAUAGUGAGGCUGACAACGAGGUUGAAGUAACUUUGAGUAGCGAUACAGACUGUGACGGUGAUAUGAGGACUCACACUGACAACAAAACUGACUGCUUUAAAAAGAAGAAAUGUAAAACAACUUUGUGCUGUUUAGUUUCUGGUACAAAAUGUUCUAAAAAGAGCAGUUUGACUGAAGACAUGAGAAGACACACAGGAGAAAAAACUUUAGAUUGUUCAGAUUGUGGUAAAAGCUUUUGUUACAAGAGCAGUUUGAUACAACAUCUGAGAACACACACGGGAGAAAGACCAUUUGAUUGUUCAGUCUGUGGUAAAAGCUUUUCACACAAGAGCAGUUUGACUCAACACAUGAGAACACACACAGGCGAAAAACCAUAUAACUGUGCAGUUUGUGGUGAGGGCUUUUCUUCAAGCACCAGUUUGACUCGACACAUGAGAACGCACACAGGAGAAAGACCAUUUGAUUGUUCAGUCUGCGGUAAAAGCUUUUCACACAAGGCCAGUUUGACUCAUCAUAUGAGAACACACACAGGCGAAAAACCAUAUAAUUGUACGGUUUGCCGUAAGGGCUUUUCUAAAAACAGCAAGUUGACUCAACACCUGCGAACGCACACAGGAGAAAGACCGUUUGAUUGUUCACUUUGUGGUAAAAGCUUUUCUCACAAGAGUGGUUUGACUCAACACAUCAAAUCACACGCAGGAGCAAAACAAUGCAUUUGUCCAGUUUGCAGCAAAAGUAUACACAAGAGCAGUUUGGCUAAACACAUGAGAACGCACACAGGUGAAAGACCAUUUGAUUGCUCAGUAUGCGGUAAAGGCUUUACCCAACGGUGCCAUUUGACUAAACAUACGCGUACCCACACAGGAGAAAAACAAUUCAAUUGUUCAGUUUGUGGUAAAAACUUUACCCAACGGUACCAUUUGACACAACACAUGAGAACGCACACUGGAGAAAAACCAUUUAGUUGUUCAGUUUGCUUUAAAAGCUUUUCUCACAGUGGAAAUUUGCCUCAACACAUGAGAACGCACACUGGAGAAAAACCUUUCAGUUGCUCAUUUUGUAGAAAAAGCUUUUCCAGCAAACUCAAUUUGACUCGACACAAAAUGAAACACGUGGGAUGAAAAGAACACACAUCUGUUUGCAGUAUAUGUGAUUCUCAAGGUAGCAUGACGUGUUGUAACACGAAAAUACACACAGGAGAAAAUAAAUGUACUCCUCCAAUUCAUCGCAAACGACACAUUUUGACUGGACACAUUUGUCAUACACCCUGGAGAAAACCCUUUCAGUCGUUCAUUUUGCCGUCAAAGACAUUCUUGAUGAAAUGUCCAAUGAGAACAUACACAGGAGAAAACAUGUUUAAAUACUUAGUUUGUCUCCCAGAAGACAGAUAAGACUAGGGGUGUAAUGGUACGUGUAUUUGUAUUGAACCGUUUCGGUACGAGGGUUUUGUUUUGGUUCAGCGGUGUACCGAACGAGUUUCCACACGAACAUAUUAAGUAGCCGCCUCCGCUUCCUUCUACCUCUGUUUCUGUCAGUACUCUACACAGCACCCAGCAUUGUUCCACCCACACAACCAUCUGAUUGGUUACAAACAGAGCGGUAACAGCCAAUCAGCAGUGCGUAUUCAGAGCGCAUGUAGUCAGUGCUUAGUGUUUAGCAGGUGAGCAUCAGGCUGCAGACUCUCCCCAAAUGAUAAUAAACACCUCCCAGUCAACUACUAGUAACAUCACUAUGAGCCCGUUGACCUUCUAGAAAUAUAAAAGGCAGCUCAGCUCGCUCGCAGUCCUGGCUUGAGGUGAAGGCUAACUCGCUUUUAGCGUAACGUUAGCUCAUUUUGCAGUGUGUGCGUGCAUGUGUGUGUUACGGACAGCAAAGCCCUGUCUGUCUGUCUGUUAUUUCACUUUACCUUUUUCUGUGUUGAAGCAGAAAAAAAGGACAUUAUGUUAAAUGAAGAGUUUCUGUCUCUGAUAGUUGAUAUAAUAAUGUAACUGCAUCAUUAAGCCUACAUGAACUCCAUGGUGUUCAGGGAUGAAUAGUCUAUCCUAUUGCUAUUGUACCAUUUUUUUUCAGCUAUAGUUACAUUAAUCAUUAGUAAUGCAGCAGCCUAGUUUUGAAUGGCAGGGUCCCUGCUAUCACAGGUUGAUAAAAAUAUAACAUUUAUAUAAUAAAAAUCAAUUACAGGCUGCCCAAAUGCUGUAAUAAAUUAAGCAUGAUGAGUUGACUUGAAACUGUUUAAUGUUGCACUUUUUAUAUGUAGAAGAAAAGUUGUGUCCUUUUAUUUAAUCUGAGCAACAACUUGAGGCAGUUUAAUGUUGAUUAACGUGGGCAGAAUUAUUAUAGUGUUCUCAAUGUUAAAAGGAUAAAACUGUUAUGAUCCGCUGCCCGGAUCAUAGUUUGUUUAUGUUUGAGUCACAUGUAUUUUCAGCACCUUGAGUUUCGUUUGUUUCAGUUGCCAUGACGGCAGAUUAUACACACCUGCCUCUGGUUAGUGUUCGGGACGAGCACCUGUUGCCCGGGCGCUAAUCAGAGGGCUACUUAGUCUUUGCUCUGGCCUCACUCGGUCUGGCUUCCUAGUUUGUUCUUACACAACUGAUGACGACGAUUAUUUCCUGUUCUUUAGCUGCUAGUUUUCACGCUAGGCUAUUUUGGCUUGCUAGCUCCCACGCUAGCCCUUUUGUUUUUGCCUUUUGUGCUACGUGCAUGUCUUUUGUUUAUUCAUCGUAUGAUUUAUAUUUUAAAUAAAUCAUAUUCCUACCUGCAAGCUGUGUCCGAAGUCGUCUGCAUCCUUGGGAGAACAACACCCGCAUCACGAUGCGACCUCGUCAUUACAAAAACCAUUGGUAAAUAAAUAACCAAAAAAUUAAUGUUUUGUUGUUUUCUUAAUGUACCGAAAAUGAACCGAACCGUGACCUCUAAACCGAGGUACGUACCGAACCGAAAUUUUUGUGUACCGUUACACCCCUAGAUAAGACACAUAUAAAUAUACACGGAGAAAAACUAUUUAUUUGCUUAGUUCGUGGUAAAACAUUUGAACAGAGACUAGGUUCUAGAUCCUCUUUUGUUCCAAAGUAGUCGUGGUCUCUCUGCCAUGAUUAGUGGCAGCAAGCACAGAACUCUCUCGAUGCUGUUGUUGAUGAAAGUAGCGUGAGAUUGCAUCAAUGCGCCAAGAUACUAAAUUGCUGAUAGAGGACUUAAAAUAACCGAAAUAGUGUAUUUAUAACAAGUUAUAAGUUUGUCUGUCACUAUUUGUGUAUAAAAUGUUGUUUUGUGUUUUUUAGAUAUUUUAACAAGCUAAUUGGUGGCAUAGUUGACUCCCCAUUACCCUCAUGCUCGGUUUUCAUGCAACAAGUAUCGCCACCCUCGCCCGUUCCCUCUCGCUAUUUGUGUGGAAGAGAGUCCAGCCCCUCUCGAAAGGACCGGUUCCAGACCCUUUGCUGUGCGUUGAAUUAGGUUUGACUAGAUUCAGUGGGAACUUCUCCACCUGGCGCUCAAGCUCCUUACCCCCCAGCGAGUUGACGUUCCACGUCCCAAGAGCUAGCUUCUGUAGUCCAGGAUCAGACCUCCGAGGACCCUGCCUUUUGAGUAGUGAGCCCAUUGGAGGGGGGACCCUCGUUUCCUCUUCAUGGGGCCAGGGGCUUGCCAUUGAGCCUUACCUCCAAGCCUGGCUCCACAAGGGGGCCUGGGUGACCCGCUUUUGGGCGGGAAAAUCUGUCUUUUUCGUAGAUGACUUUGAGCCGCUCUUUUUCUGGUCCCUCACCUAAGACAUGUGACAUGCACACUCCCCUACAACCAUCAGGUGGCAGAACAGAGAGCUUUUUCAUUCAAAAAUGUGUUCUGUAAAAACUAAUGUAAUGUGUUCCAAUAGGAAAAAUGCACAUUAAAAGUUAUAAAUAGCCAAUAUUUGUCAUGUCUUUUACUGGGGUAACAAAAUGGCCAAAAAUAUAAUCGAAAUAUCUGGUAUCACCAAUCAGUACUUGGCGUAUGAAGAGGAGGAGAAGAAAAGGAGGAUA